AUGAGCGAUCAAGAACUCGCUGCUAAAAGACUCAAGAUGGGUAGACAGAAACGAUUCCAACAUCAAUGGUUUGAUGAUAAUCCUUCCUGGAAAAUCUGGGUGAAGGAAAUUCCUGAUGAUCCUCACAAAUUUUUCUGUUUAGCCUGUCAAACGACAUUAGUUUGUGGUCUUUCAGAAAUAAAAAAACAUUCGAAGAGUACAUAUCAUCUGGAAAAUAUGAAAAAAUUAAAUCCAAAUUCUUGGACUAACUAUUCGGAAUUGGAAAGUUCCUCUGUCGAAGAAAUUAAUCCAGGACAAUCAAAAACUCAACAUGUUCCAAGAGAAGAUUUCGAUUUUAACGAACGAGUUAAAAUCGCAGAAAUAAGAUUAGCGAUCUUUUUCGUUGAAAAGAAUUUGCCAUUCUCAAUUUCAUCCGAAUUACUUUUUCUCAUGAAGGAUAUUGCGAAAGAACCUGAUAUUCCACAGGCAAUGUCUUUGGGAAGAACAAAAUUAACACACAUUGUUAACGAUGUUGUGUGCCGUCAAGAAACACAUCAAAUUAGUGAAGUAUUGAGAGAAAACAAAUUCUCAAUUUACGAAGAUGAAACAUCUGUCAUAACAAACGAUAAAUGGCUCUUAUUAAUGGUUCGUUAUGUUGAACCAAAAACGUUACAUGUCAGAUGUGAAUUAUUACAAAUGAUUCAUUUGAAUGCGACGGAUUGUUCUGCCAAUAAGAUCUUUCAAUCGUUUGAGAACGAAUUAUUGAAAAAGAAUAUUUCUCUUCGAUUGAUCGUUGGUCUUAGUUGCGAUAAUGCCUCUGUAAUGAUAGGCAAAACGUCCUCUUUUAAAACAAAAUUGAUAGAAAAAAGUCCGAAUCUUGUAACACUUCCAUGUGUAUGCCACUCUUCAGCAUUAGCAGCAAAAGCGGCCUGCGAAAUAAUUCCUCAAGAUUUAUGCAGAAACACGUUGGUUAAUUGGUUAAAAGUGCAUUCAGAGAAUCUUGGAAAUAUGGGAAUUUUAGGCAACUUUUUAAUGGAACAGGCAUCUGAGAAUGUUCGUCCUGCGCAUAACUUGCUGUCCAUUUUUCAAAAUCCUUCGACGAAAGCUUAUCUCUUCUUUCUUGAAUUUGCACUUGAUACGUUCAACAAAUACAAUGCAAAGUUUCAGACAAGGAAGUCCAUUAUUCACGAGCUGCAGCCUUCCUCAAUCAAAUUGCUACUUUGGUUUCUUAGAAAAUUUAUGAAGCCUGCUUUAUUAAAAACUGGAGUGUUUGGUCAUAUUGUUAGGACCGUGAACUUUUCUGAUCGUGCCAAUCAUCUUCUUUUAGAGGAAACUGAUUGUGAUUUUGAAUUUUUCGAUAACAAAACUGCAUUGUUUGAAUGUGAUCGAGAGUCAACGGUUUUUAGAGUACUGCAGGUUAAUCGCAGAUUAGGAAAAUUAGUCGAUGAAGAUGAAGUGCGAAAUAAAUGGAAAUCUUUAUAUGAAGUCGAUCUACCUACAAAAGUCGACUGGUCUAAAUUAUCCUUCGACGAUAUGUGGAGACAAAUCGAUGCAAAAACAAGAAAAAGAAAUAAUAUGUCCAUUGAGACAUUAAAUUCAAUUUGA